UUUCGAUUCUCAAUAUUGGUAUCCAAUAAAUUAUUUUGUAUCAAUCGCUGCUUCAGUUAACCGCAAAUUUCGCCAUGGAUCUUGAAUGGUCCAUUGAAUUAUUUAAUAGGAGAAAUACAAGGUUAGGAUUGGUCAGGCCAACGACCUAUGCGGAUUAACCGCGUGUCCGAUAACGUCUGACAGAGAUUCGGAAGAUCUAAAAAUAUCGCGACCAGUGAGCCAGUCCUCGGAAGUUGGAGGAUGGAUUGGUCUCGCUACAGGAAAGUCUUGGUCUACGUCCUGACCUUCCUGGCUUACGCCUGGUCAGGUUACGGAGCAGGACUUCUCUCGAAUCUGCGCGAUGCCGUCCUCACAGCCGAGUCCGUAUUCGACGACUUCUUCCAGAACGCCAUGACGGUUGCCAGGAAGAUCAAGGAUAUCCACGAGGUGUUCGACGCUGCCGUCGAGGAAUCCUGCGUUUUCCAGUGUCCGACGGGCAUCUCGCCGAAACCCGACUGGAAUCAUCGACCUCGGAGCGAUGGCUGUGGCUCGCUCGGUAUCCAGAUCAAUCAAGAAUACCUUCCUCUAGCAGAAAUGACCAAGUGUUGCGACGCUCACGACAUCUGCUACGAUACUUGCAACUCGGAUAAGGAGAAGUGUGAUUUGGAAUUCAAGAGGUGCCUCUACAAGUACUGCGAAGGUUACGUCGACACUGGCGUCACCAUCGUCAAUACUUGUAAAGCGGCUGCUAAAGUUCUCUUUGCCGGUACUACGGCGCUUGGCUGUAAGAGCUUUAUCGACGCGCAGAAACAAGCUUGUUUCUGCGGAGAGAAAAAAAAUGGCCAGAGAAAACCGAAGAGAGCGUCCCAAGCUGGUGGGGAGUUAUAGCCUUCUACUCGAAACGUUACGUCGCGGACAAAAUUAAUUUUUUCUAGCCCAAUGUUCGCUGGAACGUGAUUAAAUUAAUGUACAUAGAGAAACCUUAUCGAUUAAUUUAAACCCUAUUGUACGAUUAAAAUGAAAUGCGAUGGAACUAAAUAAA